AGGAGACCCAGGGGUCCCAGAGCGGCUCUGGCGGGAGACGUAGUGCGGGGGGUGGUGAUCGAAGAGCCCCAAGCGCAGCUGCCGCUCACAGUCCCCUUCUCGAGUGCAGAGCGGGCGGAGAAGUCCACUGCUUUUAAGACCCAGCACUGAAAAUGCAAUCUCAGGCGCCGGUGGUCGUUGUGACCCAACCUGGAGUCGGUCUGGCACCCCAGAACUCCAACUGGCAGACAAGCAUGUGUGACUGCUUCAGCGACUGCGGAGUCUGUCUCUGUGGCACAUUUUGUUUCCCAUGCCUUGGGUGUCAAGUUGCAGCUGAUAUGAACGAAUGCUGUCUGUGUGGAACGAGCGUCGCAAUGAGGACUCUCUACAGGACCCGAUAUGGCAUCCCUGGAUCUAUUUGUGAUGACUAUAUGGUAACCCUUUGCUGUCCUCAUUGUUCUCUUUGCCAAAUCAAGAGAGAUAUCAACAGAAGGAGAGCCAUGCGUGCUUUCUAAAAACUGAUGGUGAAAAGCUCUUACCGAAGCAACAAAAAUCAGCAGACACCUCUUCAGCUUGAGUUCUUCACCAUCUUUUGCAACUGAAAUAUGAUGGAUAUGUUUAAGUACAACUGAUGGCAUGGAAAAACUCAAAUUUUUGAUUUAUUAUAAAUGAAUGUUGUCCCUGAGCUUAGCUAAAUGGUGCAACUUAGUUUCUCCUUGCUUUCAUAUUAUCAAAUUUCCUGGCUUAUAAACUUUUAAAAUCACAUUUGAAAUAUAAACCAAAUAAAAGAUUUUACUGACAAGA